GGAGCAGCGGCUACGACGGCGGGAGCGGGGGCCCAGGGGCAGGCAGCAUGACGCGGCGGCGGAACAAGCCCAGCGGCAGCGGCAGCGGCGGCGGCGGCGGGGCCCGCAGGGAGAGGGCCGUGGGGCCGCCCCCGCCCCCGCCGCAGCCCGAGCCGCCCUGCCCCGCCACGGGCGCGGGACUCUCGGACGAGGCGGCGGCAGCUGGGCUGGGCUGCUGCGAGGAGCCCGUGCGCCCGGAGCCCGAGCUAGAGCUGGAGCCGGAGCCGGAGCCGGAGCCGGAGCCGAAGCUGGAGCUGGAGUUGGAGUUGGAGCCGGAGCAGGAGCAGGAACAGGGCCCGGCCCCUCAGGUUCUCCCUACUUCUAACCAGUCAGUGCAGACUUGCUGCUUGCUAUGUCAUCGGGAACGAAAGGACUGGGGAGGUCCCUCCCACAAUGGACUGGUCUCCUCUGGGGAGAGACUCCCACCUGACUUUGUGCCAACGCUUGUGCAGAACCUGCUGGGAGAGAUGCCUCUGUGGAUCUGCCAGAGCUGCAGAAAGAGCAUGGAGGAAGAGGAAAGGAGGGCCCUUCAAGAACAGCCCCUGGCGGUCUCAUUAUCACACACGUCCUGCAAGUCACAGUCUUGUGGGGGUGGCUCCCACUCCUCUUCCUCUUCUUCUUCUUCGUCAUCAUCGUCCUCCUCCUCCUCAUGCCAUGGGAACUCAGGGGACUGGGAUCCCAGCUCGUUCCUGUCUGCACACAAACUCUCAGGCCUCUGGAACUCCCAGCAGGCUGGCGGUACCAUGCAGGGCCCCUCGAUUGGGGACCCUCCUGCUGCACCUGGUGAGGCCUUCCACUCCUCUGAACAUCACCGGCACUCAGACCUCACCGCCCCCCCCAACAGUCCCACUGGCCAUCCCCCACCACCAGCAUCACUGAUCCCUGCUCACCCAGGACCCUUUGGAUCUCCACCCCAUGUCCACUUAACCCCUACAACCCAGGCAGCACCUUUCCCCACACCUGUCCCUAACAAUCAUGCUCCAGUGCCCAAGACACCUUCUGAGUCACCUACUGCUGCCACUGCUGCCCCACACAGCCCAGCACCAUGUAAGAGCCCUCACCUACCCUCUGCCAACAUGCCGCUUCUGAAGAUGCCUCCUCCACUCUCAGGGUGCAAUCACCCCUGCAACGGGCACUGCACUGGGUCUCUGGUCCCUCAAGCUGCCUCACAUCAGCUUCCCAGCACUAACAGAGACCCUGGGUGCAAGGGACACAAGUUUACAAAUGGUACUGGCUGCCACCCACCACAGUCUUGUGAAGCAGAUGAGGGACUGGGAGAGGAUGAGGACAGCAGCUCAGAACGAAGCUCCUGCACCUCAUCCUCCACUAAUCAGAAAGAUGGGAAGUUCUGUGAUUGCUGCUACUGCGAGUUCUUUGGACACAAUGCGCCCCCCGCUGCCCCGACAAGUCGCAACUACGCUGAAAUCCGAGAGAAGCUGCGCUCACGACUGACAAAGAGGAAAGAAGAGCUGCCCCAGAAAAUAGGCCUGGCAGGGAAUGGCCCAGGUGAACCAGCUGUGGACCAUCGAGAUGUGGAUGAGCUUUUGGACUACAUCAACAGUACUGAACCCAAACCUCUCAACAGUGCCAAGGCAGCCAAGCGAGCCCGUCACAAACUGAAAAAGAAGGAGAAAGAGAAAGCUCAGCUAGAAGCUGAGGGCUCUAAGCGUACUGAUCGCAGCUCCAUGGCUGGUCAGGGUGCAGAACCAACAGGGGAGAAGCUCUUGGAGUGGCCCCAGCUUGAACUUGAGCGCGUUAACAGCUUCUUGACCAGUCGAUUGCAGGAGAUCAAGAAUACCAUCAAGGAGUCCAUCCGAGCCAGCUUCAGUGUUUAUGACCUUAAUCUGGAUGUGAAUGACUUUCCUAAAAAGGCAGCCAUGCUGGAGCAGAGGGACCUGCUUUCCCGCCUCAAUGGUUCAUCUGACCUGCAGGAAAUUGGCCUAGAUCUCUCACCUUUGACUUUGGGUUCCUCCCAAAACCACACACUACACUCCCCCAGUGAGCUGGACCCAGUCCAAGAUGAGAGAAUUUCUCUUCCUCCACCCCCUGCCGCUGAGAAUGGGCUACUUAAAAGGCUUAGUGCUGUACCCAACCUCUCCCGGAUGAUCUGGGUUCAGUCCCCUAAAGUUGCUGACUCAGCCCCUGAAGGGCUGGGCCAAGACUUGAAGGAUGCAGUCUCCAUCAAUGGACCUGAGCUCCCUGAGCCCCCACCUGGAGGAGGGGGCAGGCAGAAGAAGAAUAAGAGGCAGAGCAGUCAAGCCAAGAAAAAUGAGAUAUGCACAGCACCUGGGCAUCAGGCUAAACUGGACAGUCCCCCCACCAAGGGACAGGCUUCAGGAGCCAGGCAACCAUCCAAGGGCCAAGAUCCCCCAGAAGGGCCUCGUGGGAGCCGCUCUGGUCAGAACUGGGCUUGGAGUGCCAAGGCCGAAAAAGGAAGCUUGUGGAGAAGCCGGAAGAACGAGGCCAAGGCAGACCGGCUGGAGCAGGAAUCCUUGCAGCUACCGAGCCCAGGGUAUGGGCCAUUUGGGAGCCCAGCUGGGCUGGGAGCCUCACCACAGACCAAGGGAAAGCACAGGAAGAACCGGAACAAGAUGGAGAAAUCUACCACUUCUCUGGAUGAUGUGUUCCUGCCCAAGGAUGUGGACGGAGUAGAGAUGGAUGAGACGGACCGGGAGGUGGAAUACUUCAAGAGGUUCUGCCUGGAUUCUGCAAAGCAGACGCGUCAAAAAGUGGCUGUGAACUGGACCAACUUCACCCUCAAGAAAAUCACUUCCAGCGCAGCUCAGUGAGGUGUGAUGGGGGCAGGGCAUUGUAUGCCUCUGGGUGUGCCACAUGGGGCCAGGGGGAGGAGAGGGAGGGCUUCUCCUCCCCGUUUACCCACUCCUCUUCCCUUGACAUUCUGCCUCACUGUGUCCUCUCUCCAGGAUGGCCCUGACUAUGGGAAGCCUCAUAUGCACACUUUUGGACUGGAAAGUUUGGCAUCCAGUGUAGCAUUCCUGCCUCCUCUCCCUUUCCUACUCCCCAUUGUGGCAUUGUUUCCCCUCUGCACAUCAGGACCCUUCCCAUCAUUUUGUGAACCUGAAGGCACAGGUAUUCUUCCUGCCCUUCCUUUCUUCUUUUGACUCCGAGCCCCACUUACUCUGGAUCUGUCUUUAGUGGUCAGGUGGGCAAGGAGUUAGGAGGAAAGGAGAUCAUGUCCUGUGCUCUAUUAGCCCAAGGUGUCUUGGCUUCUAAAGGACUCCUUUAAUGGGAUGUCUGAGGUCUUCCCUCUCCCAGCUGCCAAGGCCCCAAAGUUUAGACUCUGGUGGGUCCAGGUCCCUUUUGUCUUUUUCAUAUCUCAUUUUUGAUAAGAUGGGGGAGAAUAUUGACAGACCCAAGAGUUGGGGACCUUGGUCACGUCCUUUCUCUGUAUCAUACUCACAUUGACCCUCCCACUGGGUGUGUAGAAGGGCCAUGCUGGACCCAAUAAAAAAACUUUUUAAUUUUUUUAUUUUAUUUAAAAAAGGAUAUAAUUUUUGUUGUUUCUUAUUGUUUUUUCCAUGCCUUCCCUCCUACCUGGUCACUUUGUUCUCCUUUGCUCCAGUUUCCCUUUUCCAAGGGUUCUGGAGAUGCAUGGGAAAACUAGUCACUGGUCUUCCCAUACCUCCCUCCCACUAUAUGACCUUUUCCAGCACAAACUGGUAGAGAAUGAAGGCCCAGCUCCCCUCUGGAAUCUGGAUCCCUUGCUUCUCUUCUGCUGACAGAAUUUGUAGGGAGUAUGGAACCCCUUGGUGUUUAGUGUUCACUUCAUAUUCAGCUUGGACUCCAGGGGAAGGGCCUUCCUUGGAUUUUCUCCCAUAAACAGAGCACACCAGAUGCAAAGUAAUAGGAUACCUUAAGCAGAGCCAGCUUCUCUCUUCCACCCCAAGCCCAAGGAGUGUCUGGGUGGGGUAGAGACAUAAGAUUUAGAGCAGGAAGGAACCUUAGACUCUAGUUGAGCCCUCCUCAUUUUAUAGCCAAAGAUUGGGGAAGGAACUUCUCCAAGGUAAAACCAGGUAGUAAAUCAGAACUAGAGUAUAAACUCUUUGUUAUAGCAAGGAAGAGGGGCAUUAAAGAGAAAGGUGGGUUCUUGGGAUGUGAGGAGAGUUUUGUAGGGCACAGGGAGAUGUCAACAGGAUGGUUGAAAGCUGUCUGGAAAUGGGGAGCCGCUAUAGGAAGAAACUGUCUUGGCCCCCAGAUAGGCAGCCUUCUGGAAGCACCACACCCAUCCUACAUUGUUGUGGACUGAGAGAAUCUCCCUCCCAGGCAUGUCCUUCAGCUCUCUGGCCUCCAUGUUCAGCUGUCUGUCUGAGAGGUCAGAUUGUUGCAUUAAAGGCUGUAGCAGCUGUGUCAUUCAGGGCCUAGGGAAACUGACUGGAAAGGUCAGAAGGUUGGGAUUCUAUAUCUUGAGGGGGAACUCCUGGGACAAUGGUCUUCUUGUGAAACGUGGCACAGGGUCCAACCUGCUAUGUGCCUUGUCUUCCCACCUUUGUUGUGUCCUCUGCAGUGGGGAGUGGAGGGGAGGGGGAAUGGGAGUCAGGGCUGCACAGCUGCAUUCAGCAAUGGGAGCUGGACCAGGACCCUGAAAGACUAGCAGCUCUGGCAUGCUGUCCUCAGGAAUGGAGAGGGAACCUGCUCUCUCCUGUCCACAAAAGCCCUCCUCUUCUCUCCUCCAGUGAGGUUGGGAACCCUCCCAAGUACUAGCUAUAGGCAGUCAUUUUCAUUCUGGGAUAAGUAGUUCCAGGGAUCUCCCUCACUGCUCCUCCCCUUCUCUCCCCCUUCCCUUUAGGAGUGCCCUCUGAACCUCCCACCUUCCUCUGAAUGCAGAGAACACUUUCCAUCCCUUGAACACAAUCAUAAGAUCCAGAGCUGAAAUGGCCUCUAUAGGUCAUCUUCUAGUCUACCCCCUACAGUUCUCUUCACGUAUUUUACAGUAGCUGCUCAAGGUUAAAAUUGGUAAGUGGUACAGCCAGGAUUAGAACCUCCCAGGUUCCAACUAUAGACCCCAGGUCUAGUUCCCUUUUCACUACCCCAACCUAAGCCAGCUACUUUGGGCCUCUGACUUGACUUCCUGAACACAGAAGUGAAUAAACUUUGAGAGAUUCCCUAAAAGCUGAACAUUGACUUGCCAGAUACCCCUUUUUUUAAAAAAAUCCCUUUGUAGUAUGUUUUCAGUCCACUAACUAACUCCAACCCCUGAACCUUGUUCCAGAUUCUCUCCCUGGGAUGAACCCUGGAAUUUCCUAACUUCACCAUCGGUGGAGGGAGGAGCCUUUACAGAAUGCAGCAAGCAUGUUGGGUAUCAUUUUAGAAGGUUGUUGUUCCCUUGGUCAUUUUCCCAUUUGGGGGACCUAGACUGUCCACAGCCUCCUAAGCAUCCCUCUGGGCAAUCAAGAUUACCUGCUUUGUGCUUGAGUUGACUCAAGGUGUGGAAGGUUAUGGGGAAUUUAGUUUCCACAGGCAGAACAAAUACACUGAAGCUAUGGGGAGAGCCUUUCCUCAAAAGAGACAUGUACUUGCUGAUGAGACACAGUGCUUUAUGAAAUUCUCCACUUUUACAAACUGUUCCUUCCCUUCUGGCCCCUCUGCCUCACGUUCCCUUCCAGGAGGGUAUCAGGUAGGCAGGAUUAAGGAACAGAGAGGAGCAGAAAGACCACAGGCUCAGAAUUAUUGCUUUGACUUUUCUCCUGGUUUCCUUCUAACUCUACUCAUAUGCUUAUGGGAGCUGCUACCAUAUGCCCUAUUUUCCCCUGUGCUCUUUCUCUAACCUUUUCUCUUGGAUCUGUGGAGACAACAUUCCCAAACCAACCUUUAUGGGACAAGUUGGUUGGUUACCUUGUUGAGAUGAGUGGCCUAAUACUGGAUGGCAAGGGGAGUCUCCACUCCUUCCCUUUUCUUUUCUCUUUCCCCUUCCCCUCUGGCUUAAGUAUGGAGAGCUGAGCAGCCAGGUUUGUUACUACCAAGUGCUUACACUUGUCUGGAAAUGUCUGGGGCUGGGAAGAGGAGCAGGGGUCAAGGUAACAGAGAGCUGAGACACAGUAGAGAACAGAAAAAUCUCAGGGCCUUGAAGACCCAUAGCCAGAGGCUAUCUACCUGCUGGUGCUGGCUGCCUCAGAGGAAGAAUUCACAGGCCCCUUCUUCCCUCUGAGAAGAUAGGAGCCCAGCAUCCCACAUGAGGUGUUGGUUCUGCAACAGCCAGGGGGAGCCAAGGUGAUGGCAGGUGUCAUAGCACAAACUCUUGCCCUAAGGAGGACCAGCUCUGGGGCAAAAAUGAUCUUCUAUGCUCGUCCCAAGAAGUGGUUCCACUUUCCUUGAGACCUAGAACACCUUUUGAAUGUACCCACUGUACUCUGUCCUGUUCCUCUCUUCCCAGACAUGUGUUCUCCUUCCUGUGACUGGGGAAAUGGGCAUGGGGAUUGAAGGCAAUCCAGAUAUGCCGAUAAAUGUUUUGUAUUUCCUUUUGUAACUUAAGGAGUGGCAAUGGCAAGCAGGCCUGCUCCUGUUACCAUGGGGAUCACAGGGGUGGGGGUGGGGGUUGAGGUAGUAAAGGGGUUGGAACCAUUCCUGAUAUGUUAAAAGCCUAAACUAUGGAACAGGAAAAGAAGCUGGUUGUGUUAUCACCCUCUUUUUUCCCCAGCCCCUGCCUGGUCCACACUGAACUAUUCUCCAGGAUGGUCGUAGCUCUUGGGUAUUGGCUGAAUAUCUGGAGAGAAAGUACUUCCCCUCCCCCCCUCCUGCCCUCCUGGUGGCUGACAUUCAUACCUGGCCACUUGCCACUUGACCACCUAAGAACCCCUACCCCUGGAUGAACCAAAACCUGGAUUGACACUGAGCUGUGAUGGAAACAAACUCUGGAUCUUCGAAAAGCUGAUUUCUGGUGCUAGCCAGCCUCCACUCUUGAAGCCCGGACUGGGACGGGCUGCUCCCCCCAGGGCACUGUGGGGCAGAGGAGCUGGUAGAAUUGCCUGCCCAGCGCCUCUUUCUGUGUUUGGGUUUGUUUUUUUUUUUUUAAUUCUUUACUUUUGAUACUGUGAAGAUCUUUCAUGCUGAAAGAUUAAAUGACAUUUGGACACAG